CCCAGCCCUGCCCGGCCGGGCUGUGUGGAGAAGUGGGGCGCCUGCGGGGACCCCGAUCCCGCCUCCUGCCCGACCGCCUGCCUGCGACUGAGACCUAAACGGAGGAAGCAAAAGAAAGAGAAACUUUGGCUUUUUAUUGCGGUUUUUAUUCUGUAACUGGAGGGAGCUUCGGCCGGCUGGAAAAAUGUCCUUUUUCAAUUUCCGUAAAAUCUUCAAAUUGGGCAGCGACAAGAAGAAGAAGCAGUACGAGCAUGUGAAGAGAGACUUGAACCCCGAGGACUUUUGGGAAAUUAUAGGUGAAUUGGGGGACGGAGCCUUUGGCAAAGUGUUCAAGGCCCAGAAUAAAGAGACAAAUGUGUUAGCUGCUGCAAAAGUGAUUGACACUAAAUCUGAAGAAGAACUUGAAGAUUAUAUGGUUGAGAUUGAUAUUUUAGCAUCAUGUGAUCAUCCAAAUAUAGUCAAGCUGCUAGAUGCCUUCUAUUAUGAAAAUAAUCUUUGGAUCCUCAUUGAAUUUUGUGCAGGUGGUGCAGUAGAUGCUGUAAUGCUUGAGCUUGAGAGACCAUUAACAGAAUCCCAGAUACAAGUAGUUUGCAAGCAGACUUUAGAGGCAUUGAACUAUUUGCAUGAAAAUAAAAUUAUCCAUAGAGAUUUAAAAGCAGGCAACAUUCUUUUUACAUUGGAAGGAGACAUUAAAUUGGCGGAUUUUGGUGUAUCGGCUAAAAACACAAGGACUAUACAAAGAAGAGAUUCUUUUAUUGGCACACCAUAUUGGAUGGCUCCGGAAGUGGUUAUGUGUGAGACAUCUAAAGAUAGACCCUAUGAUUAUAAAGCUGACGUUUGGUCCUUGGGCAUCACUUUGAUAGAAAUGGCUCAGAUAGAACCUCCUCAUCAUGAGCUAAAUCCAAUGAGAGUACUGUUGAAAAUUGCAAAGUCUGAACCUCCUACGCUGGCGCAACCCUCAAAAUGGUCUUCAAACUUUAAGGACUUCCUAAAAAAAUGUUUGGAAAAGAAUGUGGAUGCCAGGUGGAAUACUUCCCAGCUUCUCCAGCAUCCUUUUGUUACUGUGACUUCCAACAAACCCAUCCGAGAAUUGAUUGCAGAAGCAAAGGCUGAAGUAACAGAAGAAGUUGAAGAUGGCAAAGAAGAUGACGAUGAUGAAGAAACAGAGAAUUCUCUGCCUAUACCUGCUAAUAAGCGUGCCUCCUCUGACCUCAGUAUUGCCAGUUCUGAAGAAGAUAAACUCUCACAGAAUGCUUGUGUUCUGGAAUCUGUAUCAGAAAAAACAGAGAAUAGCUGUAUUGGAGACAGAGCUCAAAGCAGUGUUAUUAAUGAGAAAACCGUCAUUGGUGAGCCUGAAAAAAUUGUUGAGAGUAUUGACUACGUUGCUGAUGAUCACCUUGAAAAUAAUAUUGAGCUAAAAAAUGGGACAGGAUUAGUUGAAGAGAAUAAGACAGAAGAGAAGAAACUCAAGGUAGAAGAGACAUCGGAAGUGGAAGACCGUGUGAGCGAAGGAAAUGCAGUGGUGGAAAAAAAAGACAGUGAUCUACUUACAACCUCAGAAAUAGGUGCUGCUCUGAAACCUGAGGAAGAAAAGGAUCAGAAAAAGCAGCAAUUAUCUAAAAAUGAAAUAAUAAAAACAAAUGAAAUUAAAGAUACUGCUGAUCAUACAGCAGAAGUGGUUUCUGAAGAGACUGGAGAAAAAGAAAAUAUAAGAGAGGCAGACAUUCAGGAAACUGAAAAUGAAGUUAGGCUUAAAGCAGAAGUGCAGGAUAAAAUAGAGGAGACUGAAGUCACCAAAGGUGAGGUGGAUGACAUAGAUACAGUGGAAACAGGUGAAGUACUAGAUCUAGACCAGAGGACAGCUGGAAGCAAUGCCAGGGAAGCUCAGAGUAAUGACAAAAAUGACGUGACUGAAUUAAGUGAAAAACGAAAGCAAAUUAAGCCUGAUGUUGAGCCUGAGAUUAGUGAUAUUGAGGAAACUCAGGUACAGAGGAUAGUUGAAACAAAUAUUACAGAUCAGAUAUCUGUGGAAGGUAAAAGUGAAAGUAUAUGUGUUGUGAACAGAGGUGAGGAACAUUUAAUCAGUACUUCAGGGGACAUAUUGGUUAUUGGUGAGAAACCAAUGACAAAUGAAACUGAAGAAAUUAAGGAAACAAGUAACACUGAAGAAAUACAAGUCCAAAACACAGUGAUUCAUACUGGCGAAAAGUCAGUAGGAAGUAAAACUCAGGAUUCUCAUCAGCCUCUGCUAGACAUAGAACAAACAGAAUUUCCAAGUGAAAUACCAAUUAAAAUUGAACCUCAAGUUAUUGUAGCUUCACAACCCAGUGAACCUCAACCUGUCCCCAUACCCAGUAUUAAUAUUAACUCUGAAGAGACAGAAGAUAAAGGGGAAACAGGUACACUAUCCCAAGUUGAAACUUCACUACAUUUAGAACCUGAGAAUCAAAAGGAAAAUGAUACUGAUUCAGGCACUGGUUCCACGGCUGAUAAUAGCAGCAUUGAUUUGAAUUUAUCUAUCUCUAGCUUCCUAAGCAAAAACAAAGACACUGGAUCAAUAUCUUUACAAGAAACAAGAAGACAUAAGAAAACAUUGAAGAAAACACGAAAAUUUGUUGUUGAUGGUGUAGAAGUGAGUGUGACAACUUCAAAAAUAGUUACAGAUAGUGAUUCAAAAACUGAAGAAUUGAGGUUUCUUCGACGUCAGGAGCUUCGGGAAUUAAGAUUUCUACAGAAAGAGGAACAAAGAGCUCAGCAGCAGCUCAACAACAAGUUACAGCAACAGCGGGAACAAAUUUUCAGGCGUUUUGAACAAGAAAUGAUGAGUAAGAAGCGACAAUAUGACCAAGAGAUUGAAAAUCUAGAAAAACAACAGAAACAGACAAUAGAACGCCUAGAACAAGAACAUACAAAUCGCUUGCGAGAUGAAGCCAAACGUAUUAAAGGAGAACAAGAGAAGGAACUGUCCAAAUUUCAGAACAUGUUGAAAAACCGAAAAAAAGAGGUUAUAAAUGAAGUGGAGAAAGCACCCAAAGAGCUGAGAAAAGAGCUCAUGAAACGCAGGAAAGAGGAGCUUGCACAAACCCAGCAUGCUCAGGAACAAGAAUUUGUUCAGAAGCAACAACAAGAAUUAGAUGGAUCACUGAAAAAGAUCAUCCAACAGCAGAAGGCAGAGUUGGCUAACAUUGAGCGAGAAUGCCUGAAUAACAAACAGCAGCUCAUGAGAGCUCGUGAAGCUGCUAUUUGGGAACUUGAGGAACGACACUUACAAGAAAAGCAUCAGCUGCUUAAACAACAACUCAAGGAUCAGUACUUCAUGCAAAGGCAUCAACUACUUAAGCGUCAUGAAAAGGAAACUGAACAAAUGCAGCGAUAUAAUCAACGGCUCCUUGAAGAGUUAAAAAACAGACAGACCCAAGAAAGAGCAAGACUACCUAAGAUCCAGCGCAGUGAAGCCAAGACUCGGAUGGCCAUGUUCAAGAAGAGUUUGAGAAUCAAUUCGGCAGGCACUCCAGACCAGGACCGUGACAGAAUUAAACAGUUUGCUGCUCAAGAAGAAAAGAGACAGAAAAAUGAGAGGAUGGCUCAGCAUCAAAAGCAUGAAAAUCAGAUGCGGGACCUUCAGUUGCAGUGUGAAGCUAAUGUCCGAGAACUACAUCAACUACAGAAUGAAAAAUGCCAUCUAUUGGUUGAGCAUGAGACUCAGAAACUAAAAGAGUUAGAUGAGGAGCAUGGGCAGGAAUUAAAGGAGUGGAGAGAAAAAUUGAGACCCAGGAAAAAGACACUAGAAGAAGAGUUUGCAAGGAAGCUUCAAGAACAAGAAGUGUUCUUUAAAAUGACUGGGGAGUCUGAAUGCCUUAACCCUUCAACCCAGAGUCGCAUCUCCAAAUUCUAUCCAGUUCCUAGCCUGCACUCCACUGGGUCGUAACUCCAGAAAGUGUGAUUGGGUUGGUCUUUGUUUUUUUAGUUUGCUUCUCUUCAUCUUUUGCCACACCAAAAUCUACAGCUUACACCAGAGAGUUCAUGAAGACAAUCAUCUGCGUCACUGUUUAAAUGGGCUUUUUUGGUUUGCUUUAUUCAGAGUAUAAUGGCAGAGGUAGAGAAGGUAACUAGGGCACUCACUGAUUGUUCUGUGUUAUACAGUGUGGGGUCUUUAGUUAUUUGUUAAGGUGUUUUUUUAUAUUAAACUAAAAAACAUCUUUAUUAUUUAGACAUUAAAGUACUCAUAAAAGUAUUAGAGAAAUAAUGUUUAAAGUUACAAAAAAGCUGUAAUACAAAACAUUGUUAAUUAAUAUCUUUUUAACUGAACUUAGUUCUCAAUGGUGACUGAAUUCCGCAGUUGAAAUUCUACUGUGUAGCGUUUGGAGUUUCUUGUGAUGAAAUAGCUUUCAUAAAAAAAAGGACACAUAAAUUACUCAGUAUGUUUGAUAAAAGAAUUUAUUAUGUUUUUAUCCUUAAAUUCAGUAACACCCUUUUGAAAGAGAAAAAUUUUUCAGCAAUUUGUCUGAAAUAACUAUUACAGGCAUUCAGUCUAAUAAGUGAAGGUGCUUUCAUUAAUAUAGUGCCUGAAAUAUGUAAAUUUGUUCACUUCUAAAACAGGAAUUUCUUUUCUGAUUGGGGGAAGAGAGAGAACUAAAUACCUGUAGCAUUAAAGUUUCCAUUUUAAAAACCUUGCUGCUACUACUAUAUGUCAGAAAUUCUCACUCGAAAAUAUUUUGCACUAAAAUACAUAAAGGUGAAAAAACCCUACUAAGAGUUCAUUAUUCUUACAAAUUUGGAAGUUCUACAAACUGAAAUGAGUAUAGAUUUACUAGUCACAGUUUAGUUUAAUGGGGACAGCCCACGUUCUUUAAUAUGCUUGUACUAAUUAAAAUGGCUUCUCUCCCAUCUCAACAAAAUCUUCAUUUAAAACUCUCAGAGACUCAGAGACCCUGAAUUAUAUUUAUAAACAUAGUGAUCAAAAGUAAUCAAAAAAGAAAUAUUUGAAGACUUUCAGUACUCAAAAAGAUGUAAGUUAAAUAUUUAGAGCAAUAUUUUUAGGAUUGCAUUUUUUUGUGUUUUGAAAUUUGGUUGCUUACAUGUUACAAUUUUAUUUUGUUUUAAGUUGAUAGAUGUAUUAAAUUAUUUACUUUGAUUUGCAGUGGGUGAAGUCAAACUUUUAUCAUGUAAUUUGUGAUAUGUGUAGCUAUUAAAGAAUUAUUCAAAGUUAGUUCUUUUGAGGGUUAGAAUUUGAAGUAUGAGUCAUAUCAUGACAGUAUUAUAAACUGUAUUAUGGUAUGUGAAAGACAAGUAUGUGAUGAUACUUGCUUUCUGUCAUUUGAAACCCACUAUCUUGGUACCCAGUUUUAAAAGAUCUAUUUUCUAGCCUACUGGUUUGUGUUAAAUAGGAGGCUGGUGGAACUCCUAAGAGUGUAAUUUCCUUUAAACACUGUUGAGUUAAGGAAAAGAAAUGUAAAUAACAAUUUCAUUCUUUUGCAAUUGAUUGAAAAACUUUGGAUGCUGAAGCUUACUCUGUCAGUUGUUUAAAUGAUUGAAAAAUGCAUGUUAAAUUUUAAUUUUGUAAUUAAUGUUUUUGUUAAGCAUAAUUUACUUGGACUACUUUAUAGCUAGCCUUAAUUUCUGGCCAAGUUUUUUUUUUUAAGUAUAUAUAUACAUACAUAUAUAUAUAUAUAUAUAUAGAUAAAUAUAAAAAUAUGUCAUGUACUGGUUGUAAAUUCACACACCAUCUUCACUCAAAUGUGUUAUUGUAUGCAGAACUCUCUUAAAUAGCUUAUUCUCAAAUGCUGAGAUGAAAAAUGUUCUGGAAGGCCUUUUAAAGCUACAUCUUUAUAAAAAUAAUAUUCAUUAAGAAAAUGGAAAUGGUUUAUAUUGUUAUCAUAAAAAUAUUAUUACAGUAUCAUGAUGCCCAAUGGAUUCAAUGAUUUAUUUGAAUUGGGGAUGGUAAGAGGUAGAGGAGGAAAAUAGAUGUGUUCCCAUACCACUUUUUCCUCGGAAAAUAUCAGUUCACUGGCCUUUUGUAUUCACUCUUUUUUCAGCAGAGGACAUUGGUGUUCUCAUUCUUUAAUUGAUAGUCCAUAUCCUGAGUAUUCUGGGAACAUAACUACUUUCCUCUGAAUAUUUGAUAACCUUCUACUCCCUUGAAGUCUCAUGUUCAUAUUACUGAAAAAGGAGAUCAGGCCAAGAUUAUGUUGGUUGGUUGACACCUUAGGUAAGUUUGAUUGUUAGAAAGCACUAUCCUGAUUGUAAUGCCCUUGUUUUGCAUCUCCCUUUCAACUAGAUUCAGUGUUCCGGAAUGGAACUCUGCCUUAAAGAAUGACUGACCAUUUUCCAAAAGAGUAGGGAAAGAAUGAGAAUAACAUGUUGGAAUGAAAAGUUAAUUUCAAAGUGAAAACUGAUAAAGAUCCUUUUAAAAAUGUUAUGUUGUUUAAAAUUAUAAUUGAACACCUAUCUGCCCACCUAUUGUUAGGCUUCAGUCAUGAAGGUUCAUUUUUUCAUUCAUGUAAAAGAGGAAUUUUUUUUCCUUCGAGGAAAGGAGUUCUUUGAAGCCUCGUUGUGUAGUCAUAACCAUUCUUGGCUUGUUUCCUAUGAUGCUGUGGCAGAACAUGCAACAAAACCCAUUAAAGAGAGUCUUAAUGUGUAUAUCUGAAACAGCCUUCAAUUUUCCUGUGUGUUAUAGAUACACACUCCUAAUGUUCUCAGACAGGUAUAACUCAGAAAGCUAGUUGUGCCACGUUUCUGUUUCCUAGCCCUUUUGAUCCUUAGCUGGGAUGCAGAUUGCUAAAUUAAAUUAUGCUCAUGUGAAUUUGUGAAUAAGCUUUUUCUUACCCUUUUCUGUGAGUCCUGGGGAGGCCACAGGGUGGGUAAACAGAAAAUUCAGCUUACUUCCAUUCAGCUGAUGAUGAUGAUCUCCCUGUAACUUGUGACAGGUUAAGUUGAAUUUUAAUUAAACAAAAACCAGAACCACAGCUACCUCUAAGAAGUAGUGUUUUCCUCAAGCACAAAAAUGCUCAGGCAUACUAGGCCCGUUUCAUUGUAGGGUCUCCAAUUUUAUAAGCAUCAGCAAGUUUUAGAACUGCCUUUUAUAAUCUCCCAAACCCACUUUAGCUAAUAGCUCUCUCCCAGACCAUACAAUGCUUAGUAGAGAAGGUUCUUCUGAAAGAGCCAAAUACAGUCAAAUUAUUAGGUAGACAAAGGAUAUGCUUAAAGGAAAAUCUAGAACUGAAAGGGGAAGUUAGUUCUAGUUCUAAGGGUGGAAAUCAGCUCUUUUUAGGAAAAAGGUAUUUUACAGGAAAUGGAAUGAUAUCUUAUCAAAAGCCUUUCUGAUGAAGGCCGAACAACCUAACAUCUGUCCUGUUACCAUGGUUGCAGUGGUUUUUGCUCUAGCUUUAAAGUUCUGCUCCUGAGCUUGAGGCAGAAUAUUCUGUCAGUUUCAAUGUAGGCUGCUGCUGUAGGUGAUGCUAUUCUGACUUGCAAUGUCAUGGCUCCACAAGUUUUUCAGAAAGAGCUCUUGUUUCAGUUUGUGCCUCUUGUCUACUGGAGAGCAAAUGUCUUCGCAGUAGUGGGAUUGACACACUAAAAUAAAGUCAUUUCUUAAACUA